AGUGGUGCUUGAGGUUGAAGUUUUUUGUCCAUGGCAUCUAGGAGGAUUCAAUUUGAGUUAAAUAGCUUGAGGAGGGAACCUCAAACAUCAUUUACCAUUCGUGAAGUAAGUGAAGACUUGCUUCAUUUGGAAGUAACUUUUAUUGGACCUCUCAGAACCCCUUUUGAUGGAGGAGUAUUCCGCAUUUCUAUUGACAUUCCAUCAGAUUACCCUUUUGAACCUCCAGAAAUCCACUUCAUUACCAGAGUUUUUCAUCCCAACAUUAAUCGAAGUGGUAUCAUCUUCCCUAACAUUAUUCGGAGAGACUGGACUCCAACUCACACUAUAUCGAGGAUUAUACCAUCAAUUCGCUCAUUUUUGGUGGAGCCAAUCUUACACAACCCGUCGGUGCCAGAGAUUGCUCAAAUAUAUGAGAAUGAUAGAGUCUUAUAUGAAGUACUUGCUAGAUCUUGGACUCUUUAUUAUGCUAAAGAAGAUAGAGCUCCAGACUAAGAUGGUUGAUGAGCCUCAAUAUCAUAUGAUGUAUAUUAAAUACUCUAUUGCAUAAAAAAUGAGUUAAUGUUAAAUAUUGUUCAAUCAAUGACUAUAG